UCACGUUUUCUGACUUAAACUCGACGCCACUUUCACAGCCUACGUGCAGACAGACAUGAGCAAUCCCUGGUAAAGAAAGAGGAAGUUUCCCCUGCUCCAUUCAAAACAAGAAGACUCCCAACAGGAGCCGGUGGAGGCGAAGAUGCUGCUGAAAAGCUUGUGUCUGGCCUUUCUGCUCCUGGCCCUGGUCGAGGCUCAGUAUGAGAAGUACAGCUUUAAAAGUUUCCCAACGAAGGACAUCAUGCCCCUGGACUCUGUGUACGGUCACGCGUUGGAGCAGUACGCGGCGCAGAACUGGGCAGAGAGCAUCAAGUUCCUGGAGCUCAGCCUGCGGCUCCACCGGCUGCUGCGGGACAGCGAGGCUUUCUGCAGCAGCAGUUGCAGCUCCGUCAGCCGGGACAAUGAUACCGUGUUCCACGACAACACCCUACUAGUCGUGCGCCACAUUCUGCUGAGGGCUGCGUGCCUUAAAAAGUGCAAGGCGGACUUUCCAGUGUUUAAUAUCACAUACCCAAAGAGGGAUUUACUGGAAACUUUCGAGAAAAGGAUACCGUAUCGGUAUAUACAGUAUGCGUACUACCAGCUCAACAACGUGGAGAAGGCCGUAGCAGCCGCCCACACCUUCCUGAAGAAGAACCCAAAAGAUCCUUAUUUGACCAAGAAUAUGAACUACUACAAGACGCUAUUCGAUGUGGACGAAUAUCUCAUUGACCACGAGGAGCAGCCGUAUGAAAGUGUGUUCUUGAAGAGUGUGAUGCUCUACAACAGCGGAGACUUCAGCAACAGCGCCCGAAACAUGGAGCAGGCCAUCAUACAGUAUUUUGAAGCGUAUAACCUCUGCUCAUCAGGCUGCGAGGGCUCGUAUGAGAUAUUAGAGUUCAAAGACUUCUAUCCCACCCUGGCAGAUCUUUACACCGAUGUGCUGAAAUGUAAGAUAAACUGUGAGGAGCAUCUAACACCCAACGUCGGAGGCUUCUUUGUGGAGAAGUUCGUAGCCACCAUGUAUCACUACCUCCAGUUUUCCUAUUAUAAAUUGAAUGAUGUGAAGAACGCUGCUCCGUGUGCAGCCAGUUAUAUGCUGUUUGACUCCAAAGACCAGGUGAUGAUGCAAAAUGUAGCGUACUACCGCUUCUACCGGGAGCAGUGGGGACUGGAGGAAAAGGACUUCCAGCCUCGGCCUGAGGCCUUGACAUAUUUUAACCAGACUACCAAGCAGAAAGAGAUGCUGGAGUUUGCAAUGAACUACCUACAAACAGAAGAUGAGGAUAUAGUAAGUUCAGAAGACCUGGCCGCCUCUGAGCAUCCGGACACAGAGUUUGAGGGUAUGGGAGACUACGAGGAGUCCUUCCUGGCCGAUUGGUGGCAGGAACCCAAAACUAAGUGGGACACCGGAGAGGCCGCAGAAUGACGUUGGUCCUCGUCCGCUGUGAAGAACGCUUCCUCAUCCAGCUCUGUCCCACUUCUCAUGACAACAUACCAAAGAAAGUUGAUCUCACCGCAGACAGACCUACAAUCCCAACAGUACUUAGCAGAAAAAGCACAACUCACACACGCAGUUGUGCACCUUUUAGACGAACUUAUCAUGUCGAUCAAGAUCACAGAUUGACGUGCUCUGUCUUGGCUGUCAUCAGCCUUUUAUAACUGUUACUUUUCUAAUCAGUCAUUGGCCUGUGUUCCUGCAGUACAACGUGCCGGUUAAUGACUUUUCUACAGUUUUUAUUUAAUGAAAGCUGAAUGCCUCUGUGCCGUGGAAAAAAAAAGGAACUUGACGUGGCUUCUCUUGCGUCGAAUGAAGUGGGUUGUUGUUGAAUUAGGCUUUAGCUGCAGACAAUGUGCUCAUAAAUAAAGUAAUAUUUUAAUAUA